AUGAGUACCAUCCCCAGCGUCCACAUCAACGACAAAAGCCCCAUAGAGGACCGCGACACCUCCUCCACCUCCCCAACCACCCGCAAAUCCCUGCACCAGAACAUCUUCGGCAAACUACGUCCCCUCCCCUUCCAAUACCACUGGACAGUCUGGUACGACCGCCACACCGACGCCCCAGCAGCAGCAGCAGCAGCAGCAGGCGCAACCACAACAGCAGACUACGACUCGCGUCUCUACAUCCUACACGAGGAUGUCGCCGACAUCGCCACCUUCUACCGCGUGUACAACAACUACCCGUGGGACAAGAUCCGGCUGCGCGACACCGUCCACAUCUUCCGCAAAGGCGUGAAACCCGUCUGGGAAGACCCCGAGAAUCAGAACGGAGGGUGCUGGCGCUUCCGGGUGCCGAAGAGUAAAGCCCAGGCGUUCUUUCAUGAAAUUGCCAUUCUGUGUAUGGCGAAUGAGUUUCAGGCGGUUUUGGAGAAGGAACACGACCACGUCCUCGGCGUCUCCACCUCCGUUCGAUUCAACUCGCAUCUCAUCUCCGUAUGGAACAAGCUCGGCUCUAAUGAACGGUCUAUCAAGGCUCUCGAACAGACUAUCAUCGAUCGAUUAUCCCCUGAAUUAAGGCCCACGGGGACGGGUUCCACUGCUUACUUUUAUAAAAGGCAUGAUGAGAAUGAGGGGCUUAAGGAAGCGGUGGAGAGGAGUAAGACAUGA